AUUUUCUCUGGUAAGAGUUAUAAUUUCAGAGAGAAAUUGAGUAGUAGAAGUGAUUUAAAGUUAGACGAUGCUGUUGAUCUGUUCAGUGUUAUGGUCAAGUCUCGUCCUUUUCCUCCAAUCAUUGAGUUUAACAAAUUGUUGAGUGCCAUUGCUAAGAUGAAAAAGUUCGAUGUUGUCAUCUCUAUGGGAGAGCAGAUGCAGAAGCUGGGGAUUUCACACAGUCUUUAUACAUACAAUAUUUUUAUUAAUUGUUUCUGCCGCCGCUCUCAAAUCUCUCUUGCUUUAGCUCUUCUGGGAAAGAUGAUGAAACUCGGCUAUGAGCCUAGCGUUGUCACGCUUUCUUCUCUUGUCAAUGGUUUCUGUCACGGGAAUAGGAUUUCAGAUGCCGUAGCUUUGGUUGAUCAGAUGGUGGAAAUGGGAUAUGAACCCAAUACGGUGACAUUUACAACUCUGAUUCAUGGGCUUUUUCUCCACAACAAAGCUUCUGAAGCUGUGGCUUUAGUUGACCGAAUGGUUGCGAAAGGCUGUCAACCGGACCUAGUGACAUACGGUGUGGUAGUCAAUGGAUUAUGUAAGAGAGGUGACAUUGAUUUGGCUUUACAUCUUCUCAAGAAGAUGGAGGGAGGAAAAGUAGAGCCUGGUGUUGUAAUCUACACCACAAUCAUUGAUAGUCUUUGCAGAUAUAGACACGUGAAUGAUGCGCUCAACCUUUUCAACGAAAUGGAGAAGAAAGGAAUUAGACCGGAUGUUGUGACCUACAGCUCCCUCGUACGUUGCCUUUGUCAUUACGGAAGAUGGAAUGAUGCGUCUCAACUACUUAGAGAUAUGAUUGAGAGGAAAGUCAACCCUGAUGUAAUCACUUUCAGCGCAUUGAUCGAUGCGUUUGUGAAGGAGGGGAAGCUUACAGAGGCUGAGAAAUUGUACGAGGAGAUGAUCAAAAGGUCUAUCGAUCCUAGUAUUUUCACGUUCAAUUCAUUGAUCAACGGGUUUUGCAUGCACGAUCGUCUUAACGAGGCUAAGCAUAUGUUUUCUUUGAUGGUUAGCAAGGAUUGCCUCCCAAACAUAGUGACAUAUAAUACUCUUAUAAAUGGAUUUUGCAAGUGUAAAAGGGUAUAUGAUGCUAUGGAAGUCUUCCGUGAGAUGUCUCAGAGAGGGUUGGUUGGCAACACAGUCACUUACACCACUCUUAUCCAAGGAUUUUUCCAAGCUGAUGAUUGUGAUAAUGCCCAAAUGGUAUUCAAACAGAUGAUUUCUGAUGGUGUAUCUCCCAAUAUCAUGACAUACAACAUCUUAUUAGAUGGGCUUUGUAAUCAUGGGAAGCUAGAGAAGGCAUUGGUGAUCUUCGAGUAUAUGCAAAAGAGUGAACUGGAACUUGAUAUCGUCACAUUUAAUAUUAUGAUUGAAGGGAUGUGCAAGGCUGGGAAUGUGGAAGAAGGGUUGAAUCUAUUUUGUAGCCUCAGCCGAGUGAAGCCUAAUGUUGUAACCUACAAUACAAUGAUCUCAGGAUUUUGUAGGAAAGGUUUAAAGGAGGAAGCAAGUGCCUUGUUCAAUAAAAUGAAAGAAGAUGAACCUCUUCCAGACAGUGGUACUUAUAAUAUGCUGAUCAGGGCGCAUCUUAGAGAUGGUGACAAAGCAGCAUCAGCGGAACUCAUCAGAGAAAUGAGGAGUUGCGGGUUUGUUGGAGAUGCUUCAACUUUUGGCUUGGUCACAGAUAUGUUGUUUGAUGGGAGAUUGAACAAAAGCUUCUUGGAAAUGCUUUCUUAA